AUGUCUCACUCCAAGCAGAAGAGACAAGCUAACAAAGCCGACAAGCUUUACUUCUUCGGCCAAAAACAGCACUCAGUGAACUUGGCCGCACAGACACCAUCGCAAGAUGGCGGCGAUGAUCCAGGCAGUCCACUGCUAGAAAUGGACGAAACAUCACUGGAUGACACACUGACUAAACAGUUCUUCUUAGACCACCUGACAGCGCAAUCUAAACAAUUAAUGACAAGCUGGUCGGAAAGCAUCGAACGAAUACGCAAGGAUAUAGGGGACAUCGGGAUCCGUAUAUCCCAAAUAGAAGAGAAAAUGGAGGGGCAUGCAGAAGAACACAACGGCCUGGAGGCACAAGUGCGCACACUACAAUCCGACCUCCAUCUGUUGGAAACUAAGCUGAUGGAUGCUGAAGACAGGAGCAGAAGGAACAACUUACACCUUAUUGGCAUCCCGGAAUCACCACGCGGACCUCCCUAUAUUCCUCCACGAAUUCCUGCACUCUCUACCACCCAACACCCCAACAGAUAUGCUACUGCUUGA